AUGGCUGUUUCGCCUUGGUUUUACACGAAUUUACCCACAUGGAACAAGAACUGGGCGUGGAAGGGAGACGAUCUGUGGAACGACCGGUGGAACGAAAUACUAGCCAUGAGACCCGAAUAUGUGCAGAUCCUCACUUGGAAUGAUUUUGGGGAGUCUCAUUACAUCGGGCCACUCCAUGAGAAGCAGUUCGGCGCUUUUGAGUAUGGCAAAGCGCCUUUCAACUACGUCCGUGAUAUGCCCCACGACGGUUGGCGUCUCCUUCUGCCUUUCCUCAUCGAUCUUUACAAAUAUGGAACAGCUACGAUCACGAGAGAAGGUCUGGUGACGUGGUAUCGCUUACACCCCGGAGAUGCUGGCGAUUCUGGUGGAACAACGGGCAACACCAGCAGUCACGGCCAGGAGCUCUUCCACCCCGCUGAGAUCAUGGAAGACAAAAUUGUCUACUCUGCGCUGCUGACCGGUCCAGCUCAAGUGACAGUUAGUGUCGGCGGAGUCGCGGAAGAAGGAUCUUGGGACGAUGAUGGGGUUCCAAAGGGAGGUGUUGGUGUUUACCACGGAAGCGUGCCUUUUAACAGCAGAACUGGUGAGGUGGUGAUUACUAUCCACCGUGGAAGCGACGUUGUUGUCCAGGUACAAGGCCGGUCUAUCACGGCUGAAUGUCCGCAUGGAGGGAUGAACAAUUGGAACGCAUGGGUCGGCGCUGCAAACUCGCACAUGGGAACACACGCGAUUGCGCAUCUAGGUUGA